CCAAAAGGAAGAGGUGGGGCAAAACAAAACGUUAGAAAUUUCCAACCGCUCGGCAACUUGCAGCAAUUAAGAGGUCUCCAGCACUGGGUCUAGGGGUCAGUCCAAACCUUGUUAUGUCAAGAUGUCUCUUUCCAAAAAGUUGACUUUGGACAAAUUAGAUGUCAAGGGGAAACGAGUCGUGAUGAGGGUAGACUUCAAUGUCCCCAUGAAGAAUCAACAGAUUACAAAUAACCAGAGAAUCAAAGCUGCCAUCCCAAGUAUCAAGCACUGCUUGGAUCACGGAGCCAAGUGUGUUGUUCUUAUGAGUCACCUAGGCCGGCCUGAUGGUGUUGCCAUGCCUGAAAAAUACUCCUUGGAGCCAGUUGCUGCUGAGCUCAAAACUUUGCUGGGCAAAAAUGUUCUGUUCCUGAAGGACUGUGUGGGUCCAGAAGUAGAGAAAGCCUGUGCCAGCCCUGCCACUGGUUCAGUUAUCCUACUGGAGAAUCUGCGUUUCCAUGUGGAGGAAGAAGGAAAAGGCCAAGAUCCUUCUGGGAAGAAGCUGCAAGCUGAGCCAGAUAAAGUAGAAGCCUUCCGAGCAUCCCUCUCCAAGCUGGGUGAUGUCUAUGUUAAUGAUGCUUUUGGCACUGCGCACCGGGCUCACAGUUCCAUGGUAGGUGUGAAUCUGCCUCAGAAGGCAUCUGGAUUCCUGAUGAAGAAAGAGCUGGAAUACCUUGCCAAAGCCUUGGAAAACCCAGAGAGACCCUUUCUGGCUAUACUUGGAGGAGCCAAAGUGGCAGACAAGAUCCAACUCAUCAAAAAUAUGCUGGACAAGGUCAAUCACAUGAUUAUUGGUGGUGGGAUGGCUUACACCUUCCUUAAGGUACUCAAUGGCAUGGAGAUCGGUGCCUCUUUGUUUGAUGAAGAGGGGGCCAAGAUUGUCCAAGAUAUCAUGGAAAAAGCAGUUAAGAAUGGUGUCAAGAUUACCUUCCCUAUUGAUUUCAUCACCGCUGACAAGUUUGAUGAGAGUGCUCAAAUUGGGAAAGCCACUAUAGAAUCUGGCAUACCUCCUGGCUGGAUGGGUUUGGACUGUGGUUCUGAAAGUAAUAAAAAGUUUGCUCAAGUUGUGGCCCAAGCAAAGCUAAUUGUUUGGAAUGGCCCUGUAGGAGUGUUUGAAUGGGAAGCUUUUGCUAAAGGAACCAAAGCCCUCAUGGAUGAGAUUGUGAAGGCCACUUCCAAAGGCUGUGUCACCAUCAUAGGAGGUGGAGAUACUGCUACCUGCUGUGCCAAGUGGAACACUGAAGAUAAAGUCAGCCAUGUGAGCACUGGAGGGGGUGCCAGUCUGGAGCUUCUGGAAGGUAAAAUCCUUCCUGGAGUGGAGGCCCUCAGCAACUUGUAAUCAAUAGAACGCUCCUUCCUGCUGUUCUUGUCCACCGUCUUUAGUCAGCUUAGUACUUUUAUAUCUCAAUUUGGUUUUGGUUAAAAUCUACCCCUCAUAAGACCCACACAAGGACAAAAUCACUGGAACCUCAGGAACUCUUAACAUCCAUACAACAACUCGGUUUAUUUCAGUGCUGUCAUGCAUUUGCCUGCUGUCCUCAAAAUAAUACUUGGACUUCACCAUUGUGCUCUAUAGGAACAAUAUCUUAAAUUGCCU